GGCGCCGUGCAGUCACUCAACAUGCUCAAGCCAGGGUGAUGUUUCGUCAGUUUCCGAUCUAUUUUCUUUCUUAAGACACUUUCAUGACAGUCGAUGUGUCUAUCAUCCUGCCUGUGCAUAAUGCUGAUGCUUGGCUGGAUGAGUGUCUUCAGUCCGUACUCGACCAACAAUUUAGUGGCUCUCUGGAGCUGUCUACCUUCCUAGAUGCAUGCACAGAUAGGUCUGGUGACAUCCUAGACAAAUGGAAGCCCAGACUCGAAGCCUCUGGUAUUGUCAUUGUGACAGGUGGACACAAUGAUAAACAGCCGAAAGGAGUUGGAUAUGCCAAAAAUCAAGCUGUUCUCCAGAGCCAUGGUAACUUCCUGUGUUUCCUGGAUGCAGAUGAUGUGAUGGACGGUCGUCGCAUUGAAAUGCAGUUGGCUGCCACAGUUAUUCGGCCAUUCACGAUAACUGGUUGCCAAUUUUACAGAGUACCGGCAGGUUCAACCGAGCGAUACACAAAGUGGGCCAACUCCAUUAAUCAGGAACAGCUGAUGACACAGGUCUACACAGCUCAUGGGCCAACUGUUAUCAUGCCUACAUGGUUCUGCUCGAGGGAAACAUUUGACAGAGUGGGUGCAUUUAAUGAGCAUGGCAAGGGGACACCUGAAGACCUGCUUUUCUUCUUUGAGCAUUUACGCCUAGGUGGGAAGGUCUUCCGAGUUGACCAUUGCCUUCUCAUGUACCGAUACCACCCAGCCGCUGCCACUCAUUCAGUCUCACAAGAGUCAAUAUGGGAUAUCAGAAUGAAGGCACUUGAGGAGCGGGUCUUAAGCUGUUGGGACUCCUUUACCAUUUGGAAUGCUGGGAAACAGGGCCGGAGGUUCUAUCGGAGCCUCAGCGAGCAUAAUAAGGAAAAGGUGGCCCAGUUUUGUGACGUUGACGUCAAGAAAAUAGAAAAGGGUGUCUACAUAUAUGAAGAGAGCGAGGCCAUUCCCAAGCCACGAGUUCCCAUCAUUCAUUUUAGCAAAGCCAGGCCACCUAUCAUCAUCUGUGUCAAAAUGGACCUUACAGGUGGUAGUUUUGAGAGCAACCUAGCUUCUCUACAUCUCAUCGAAGGAAAAGACUAUGUCUUCUUCAGCUGACUCCAAGAUACUUAACGAUGAGCUGUGCUCAAGCAAGUCAGCUGCAGUACGUGUUCACGUAUUUGUAUUUUUAUUCUUUAGUUUUUAAAUUAAAAUUUUUAAAACGUGUGUAAGUAUGUUUUAAAGAUUCAUAAUGUGCAUGUCUCGGGAUUUUUAUUUUUUCAUUCCAAAUUGCUCAAACGGAAGUUUAAUUUCGUCAAAGAGGGGUCACACGCCCUAAAUAUUGAUUUCAAUUUCGACAUAAUACCGCUAGAUUUCACUCUCAGGGCAUUGUAAAUCACGAAAACAAACCACACUUAUUCGUCCUAUUUAUCAUCAUUUUCGUCUCACUCCCGGAAUGGCGUUGAACCAGAAAAGUAAAAACAAUUUUGUCAUCCAUUUUACCGAUUUAAUCAUUUGAUGUCAUACAGUGUGUUGUUUGGUUUGAUGAUUUGAAUUAGCAGUUAUUUGGACAUCGUUUUUGUUGUGAUUCAAGAUCGACUAAGAAAAAAGUUGGCCGAAGAAAUCAGGCAUAAUAACUCACUAUUAUGUGACUUUCUCUUGUUAAUUGGAUUAAGGCCAGUGCUUCGUAUACAAGUUUAUAUCAUUGACAAAAUUGAAUGAUUACAUCAGUGAAAUGAAUGACAAAACACGAAUUUGCUUUCCCAAUUCAACGCCAUUCCAGGAGUGAGACAAAAAUAACGAUAAAUAACCCUUAAAAGGCACACAUCUGUAGACGCACGCCUUCGUUUUAAAUGCUACUUUCCAGGUUGACAUCGUUGGUGGUAAUUAAGAUAGUUUACAUGUCUUUUUACAUAUCGUACCCUUGAAUGCUUGUUGAGGUAAACCUUUUAACAACAGACAGAAAUUGAAAUUUAAAAAAAAUCCCGAAAUCUAAACAUUGCCAAAGUACCUUUCAGUGCCAGAUCUAUUUUUUCCGUCCUUCGAAUUGAAGUCAAGUUACCGCGAUUUUCAUUAAAUAGCGGCUAAGAAAUUAGAGCUUUGAAAAUAGCAUUUUGUUUUCUGUAGUUAGGUUGAAUUUGCAUUCAUUUGGCAGAAAAUACGCGACUAGUAACAAAGUAAAGAUUCUUGUCCAUCUAUCUAUUUAUCGAAGCAGAUGUAAUUGUUUUAAAUGAACGUGUCACCUCUAAUGGAAAUAGCGUAGAACCAGCUGAUUUUCCAAGGAUCCAGGCCCUUAUGGGCCACCUCUUCUUGCCAGGAAGAAAAGACCCUUAAGUCACACCAAAAGGAAUUAAUGUGGAGUGUUAACUCAUCGAGGAGCACUAGGGUUAGUAAUGAAUACCGCUACUUUCAUUAUAUUUAAUUCCGCAAUACAUCAUUAUGCUGUACUUAUGUAUAAGCAGGAUACAAAUCUUGGUAUUUAUUUCUUUGUGCGAUGUAGCUACUCAAAGCUUCCUUUUUGCUUUUCCCCUCCGGAAAAUAAUAACUUAAGACGCCGAUGGCCAGGUCUUAAACCGGCGGUAGGCUCCAGGAGCAAUUUGCAUUAUAUCUGCCGGCAGACCGUAAGUUUGAGCAAACUGUUAUAGCCUUUUUUUGCACAUUUUUGUCAUUUUGUUCACUGGAUAGCAGUUACAUUGUCCGUAGAUCCUUACUUGUCUUGACAAGGCGUUAUAUGAUAAUUGCACAUUGCAUACUUGUAACAUGAAUGGUGUGCGUUUUUCUGUAAUGUACAGAAUGUAAUGUAAAUGAAGGUUUUAAUCAACCUGAAUUGAUUAUAAUGCAAUUAUAAUGGCCUCUUGUAACGAUGGCGGGCGAUCAAACGUCUGUUCUUUGAAUAUAUUAUGAUAAGUGUUAUUUAGGAUGCACAUUUCCUUACAAUUUAUUAUGAAUAUUGCCGAUGCCGAAAAGCGUGAAAUACCUGACCCACUGCCACCAUCAGCCACAACAGAACGUGCUUAGGUAAAACCUAUCAAUAUGGAUGUUGUAGAGGUACAUGAACUUACAGUUCCAUUCUCAGAAUUACAUUUUGGUUUUGUUUUAUGACGUAAUAAGAGAAUAUAUUCAAGCUUAUGAGGCGGGAAAUCUAGAUGAAUUUGACGCCUCAAUUAGCCAAAAAAUAACUGACCUCUAAUACUUAGGCUAAGAAAUCAACAUUUAAGAUGAAGAGAAAUAAAAGCUGAAGCAGCAGAUAGACACAUGA